UAUUUACAGAACAUUUGUUGGUGUGCUCCUCCAAACGUUGGGGUAGCUGCUGCUAAGAACAGCCCAGUUGAAGUUGAUUAUGUAUACAUCUUUUGUUUCUGGUCUAUGUAGCCUUGUGAACGAUCUUGUGAAGUAAAGUUUUGAUGUGCAGGCUGCUAAAGGUGGCUUGCGAGCUGGGAUCAAAUAUGGUAACAGUAGAAUUGGGAUUCAUGUGGUGCCGAACUUGCAACGUAACCCAUGUAUUGGUCGUUGGAGCAUGCCGGUGGUGUUUACCGUUGGUUUGUGUUUCACAGUACAAAUGGGGGAGUUACGCAGAGCCCUCGAAGGCUAUAGUCCAGACAACAGCUAUGUCAUAUGCGACCGUGUCUACGUUUUGCAUCCAAUUCAAAGCUUUACUCCACGCAACAGAACAACACAGACUACAAGCUCACAUAAGCCAAAGCCCAAUAUUGACUGGCUUCCGUCUUUCCAAGCAAAGUGACAUGUGUUUUCCAAGUUUCAACCUGCCGAGGGAAAAGUCCUAAUUCCUCCCGAAACGGACGGUUCAUAAUUUUCGUGUUCCAAUUGGUUGAACCCACACGUAGGACACCUCGUGAAGAUGGUUAAUAUCAUUAGGUUUGAUUAUGGUACGUUCAAUUUCCGGGAACAAUUCAAAUUCAAAACCAACCUCUCCAAGAAAAGCCCCAUGUCUAGACAAAACCAGCUAAUAAUCCCAAUAUGCUGCGAAUCUUCGCUUUGCCGCACCCCCAUAUGUUAUAUAAAGUCUCCAAACCAACUAGUAAGUUUUUAAGUCUCAAAGGGGAAGGGAGCUACAAUGGCAACCACUAGAAUAUUGCGCACGUUUAAGCCUAUGACUAUUCAUUCCUCCUCUGCUUCUUCUUCUUCACCACCAACAACUGUUAGGUGUCUGAGCAAGGAUGCCGGGUUGAUGAGUGGAGAGAAAAAACUUGGUACUGCGAAUGAGAGAAAACAAAUGGCGGUUGUUAAGGCUUCAGUGGCCGGUUCCCAGACACUUACCACAUCGAAGCCACAAGUGAAUCGAGGAGUUAUAGAUUUGGCUUCCUUGGUUACAAAGACCAAUCGUUCUUUGCUCAUUCUACUAAGAACGGCUCUCAAGAGAAAAUCUAUACAGCAGCAGGUCCAGAUGUUCAUUGAAAGGGGCAUAAUUGACUGUCGUUUCUUUACAUUACUUGCUGUUGCAGGAUCUUUACUUGGUUCAGUAUUGUGCUUUGUCGAGGGUUGUUUUAUUGUUCUAGAGUCAUAUUUCCAGUAUUUUCAUGCCUUGUCUCAGAAGACAGAUCAAGGACAUAUGGUGCACCUACUUAUUGAAGCAAUAGACAUGUUCCUAGUAGGAACAGCCAUGCUUAUAUUCGGAGUUGGGUUGUAUGCCAUGUUCAUGGGGUCAAAGGCUGCGAAAGAUAGAGGACCGCGGUUCAGUGAGUCAAACUUGUUUGGGCUGUUCUACAUGAAGGCAGCUCCAGCAUGGGUCGACAUGAAAUCAGUUUCGCAAGCAAAAUCUAAAAUUGGGCAUGCAGUGGUGAUGAUACUUCAAGUGGGACUGUUGGAGAAGUUCAAAAGUAUACCUCUUGUCACACCGCUCGAUCUUGCUUGCUUUGCCGGAGCUGUGCUUGUCUCCUCAGCUUGUAUCUUCCUUCUUUCCAGACUUGAUUAUUCUGCUACCACUGCUGGCUGAUCAAUGAUCAUUUCGACAAGAGUUGCACACCUCACAAUCAAGUUCAAAAGCAGAGCCACCCAUAUUGAUUUAUUUAUUAAUAACCCAUUCUUUUUGAAGUACUGAUACUGAUAUACACAUCUACUACUGAUACUGAUACUGAUACAGGAGUCAUAAUAAACCCGAAAGGGAAGAGGGUUAUCUCGAAACCCUAUAUAGAACAUAGAUGUUCCUUCCAAUUCUUUAUUAGGUUAUUGGAGUUGUAAUCCAAUUGUUUGAGUUCUUAAUAAAAGCUUAUGUAUAGUACGCAGA